GUGGGUUCUCUCCGGGUGCUCCGGCUUCCUCCCACAGUCCAAAAGCAUGAGGGUGGAAGUCUUGGUCGAUAGCUGAGAGAAGUCAGCGUCAAGCUGUUCAUAGACCAAAUGGAGAUUUCCGUUGCUCUACAAAAUAAAAGCAUACCAUCAGACUGUUCCUGUAUUGACCACAAAAUACUUCAAAGCGUUAACGCAAAGCUGGGAACAAUGUAAAUGCAACGCAAAUUGUAUGCGUAUCUAAAAGUUUUAUCUUCUGGCCCAGUCCAGAAGAUACGACGUGUAUCACUUUUUUUUUCUUUUCUUCUUUUUUUUCUUCGAAGAACUCAAAAUCUCCAACGAGACAGGCAGGGCGAACCACAGCAGGAUCGCGUUUUGUCGCUCGGGGGGAACCAACCAGAGUUCAUGUCGCUAGCUUAGCUAACCCAGCCUGCUAGCGAGUGAUUUGCCAGCAUGCUAAUGGGGACAGUUUAACCGCAGCACAACUGCAGUGAGUCUCUCCCGUCUGAGUCCGUGGAUGUUCCAGGCGAGCUGAAAGUCCGGCCGAGCCAUGCGACAGUGGUCUGUCCCCGCUGCGACCCCUCGCGCCGAGCCACUCCCGGGGCGCCUGUCCGUGUCACCCCCUCCGUCGGACCCCAGGAUGGAGGCGAGCGAGGUGGAGCCGCGCUACACCAUCGAGCAGAUCGACCUCCUGCAGCGCCUGCGCCUCUCCGGCAUGACCAAGCCCCAGAUCCUCCACGCCUUGGAGUCCCUGGAGAGGCUGGACCCGGAGCACCGCCCGCCGCCACUGCCGCCACGCUGCGACUCCCACCCGGCCCCGCCCAGCAACACCGCGCCCGCUGCCACCGCCCCGUCCUCGUCGUCCUCCUCGUCGUCGUCCUCGCUCUCCCUGGCCUCGGCCACCACCCAGACCUCAGGCCUCGAGGGCGCGGCGCUGUCACCCAGCAACAGCUACGAGGCUUCGCCGCCGCCCCUCUACCCCCCCAGCGUGGUGGUGCAGCGGGCGUUCAGCUACGACAUGAUGGGCGAGGAGGAGUGGGACCUGGAGGAGAAGGUGGAGGAGUACAUGAGAAGAGACAGCAACCUGGUGAAAGAGGAGAUCAAGACGUUCCUGAACAACCGGCGGAUCUCUCAGGCCAUCGUAGGCCAGGUCACAGGCAUCAGCCAGAGCUACAUCUCCCAGUGGCUGCUGCAGCAAGGCCUGGAGAUGAGCGACUCCAAGCGCAGAGCCUUCUACCGCUGGUACCUGCUGGAGAGGAACAACCCAGGCCUGAGGUGGAGUGAAAGCCAGCACAGCGUGAGUCCCAUGGCCAGGGCCAGGGCAGGGGACAGAGAUGGGACGGUAGCAGGGGCAAGUGGCACCCUCCCCAACAUCUUCCCCAACCCCAACACCAACCUGAUGCCCAACCACAACCCGUCCUGGAGCAGGCAGAGAGAGCUGCUGGUGCACCUGCUGCCGUGGUACACAGCCGCCGCCGCAGCGGCUGCCACCCAGCCAGGUGCGACCUUGUCGAUGCGCUCUUUGGUGAAGGAGGAACCGGACUGGAGAACGGGUAUCAUCGCCAGCGACAGAGCGGGGAUCGUAGGCGGUCCUCUGAGGCUGCGCAGAGGAAGCAGGUUCACCUGGAGGAAGGAGUGCCAGUCCAUCAUGGAGAGCUUCUUCUUGGAGAAUCAGUAUCCAGAUGAGGCGAAGCGGGAGGAGAUCGCCAGCGCCUGUAAUUCUGUCAUCCAGAAACCAGGCUGUAAACUGUCAGAGUUUGAGCGGGUGACGGCAUUGAAGGUGUACAACUGGUUCGCCAACCGUCGGAAGGAGAUGAAGAGAAGAGCAAAUAUAGAAGCCGCCAUCUUGGAAAGCCAUGGGAUCGAGGUGCCAAGUCCGAGCUGCCACUCAAACGGCGAAGAGGGGGAGCUGCAAGAGUUCGUAGAUCAGGAGGACGCCACUUCCCAGAAAAUCGUUGACCAACAAGAUGGCUCCUUGCUGAUCACCGGGGAGACGGCGGCGGCCCCGCUGAGCCCCGGCCCUCCGGGGGCGGAACAGAAGGACGAGGAUUCGAAAAGGGAGUCCGUGGACGAGGAGUGACUAAACCCAGCCAGACUUUCAAUCGUCAUGUCUGAAUAUUAUUCAGUCUGAAACAGAACAGUGAAAUGCCUCCUGCUCCACCUGCGGCUGGAACCUUCUGGCCCAAUGGAAGGAUGGGGGUGGGGCUUGGUUGAAGCCCUCUGAGGUGCCUCAGGUGAGGUGGCCACUGCAUUUAUCAACAGUAAUCCUGCUUAUAAUAAUGGCAAUAUACAGUCUAUGUAUAGGUAUAUAAGGCCUAUGAUAUAUAAAUCAAUAUAUAGUGCAUUCCAAGAUGGUAUCAAAAUGCCUAAAUCCUGUGAGGGGAGCAUUAUGUAAAGGACGCCUCACCAUUUGAACAUAAGCUGUUUUUUUUUCUGUUUUUCUUUUGCUACAUGUUUGGUUUAUGCCAACAUGCGGCUGCUGAGCGGAAUAAUCUGAGCCUGCAGGUCAGGCUUUGAUUGGUUGUUGUAGAGAGUGCGGCUUCUGUCUUUUGGUGAAACAGAAAAGGCAAAAAAAACAACAAACCCCCCUCACCCCCCGCUGUCUUGUUGUUACUAGGAUGUCUUUGCCUGGUUUAUAAAGCGAUUGAUAGGUUUUAAUCAAUCAGCACGUGUUGUCGGCACUAAAUCUGUACAACCCGGAGGGAUAACCGGCGUCUCAGGUAAUCCCAAAGUGACAAGUUGCACCAUCUUUCCUUUUAUUCUCUGUGUGUGUGUUUUCUUUUGAAGCAAAAUUGUGUUUAAAGAAAACUGUUAUUUAUACUUUUUUUGAUUUCAUGGUGUCCUGGACUAGAGAUGCCCCGAGAAGUCAACUACUGACUCUAAUCAUUCAAACUACAUGUAACCAACAUACAGGUAGCGCACACAGCCACACUCUUCUUUGUUACUGUGGGAAGAACACUUAAUUAUUUUCGGUGUUAGUCAGAAAGCUAGUGUUUUCUAUGAAAUGUUGAGACACAUCUAUUAAUCAUGCUGUGUGAGAGAGCAAGACUUUGAGCAGAUAACAGGAAGGCUGAAUAGACUGGUGUACACUAAAACUAAAAAAAACAAAAAAACACCUGGGAGUCCUACUGUCUUGUCUCCCAAGUCAGCUUUCUAGAAAUUCAACCUUUAGACCUUUGACCUAAACAACUUAAUUACAUUGUUAGGGACAUAAGCAACAGAAGCAAUAAUCACCCAAAUAUUUUUUUUUGGGUGAUUAUUGCUAUACUAUUGAUGGUGACUUAUUUAGCUUUUUAACUGCCCCAUUAUUUACAUUUUGUUUUAGUUUUAUGAGUUUGACUUUAUUGAAUGAAGUCGAUAGUGUUUGUUCAAAGUACCUCUUUUAAACUUCUUACUCCCAACGUUUUUCUGUAUGGUUCUCUUUGUUUGGGGCUGAGGAAACCAUUUGGAUUUUAGGCAAAACAACUAGAGCCAAGUUGCCAUCUUCUUUCACACUAAAGAAGGUUGAAUAAAUUACAGAGUAACCAGUUGAGACUCUCCCAUACUUCACCCGAAACGCUGAAGUUGUUUCUCUUUGACGGAAAUGCGUGACAAAAAUCAGGUCGUGUUAUUCACAAGGAGGCGUCGUCCUUGCUUCCACUAUCUGGAACACGAUCCUGUUUACGGAAAGAUGAGGUGUUCUCUCUGUGACCGUUAAUAUAAGAUGCUGGAUACCUUCCUGGUUUAGAAAGGUAAACUUUGGGAAAAUGCUGCAUUCUGGUAUUGUCAUAAAACAGUUUUACUCCACUGGCCUUUCACACAGAAACAGAAUAUAUACUCGUCUGUAAUUUAAUGGGUUUCAAAGCCCGAUUGAAAUUGGUCACAGAAUCCUGACGGGUGCAUCUCUAGGCUUUACACACCUACAAUGGAAUAUUUUUUUUUCUUUCUUUUUUUUGUUAAAUUCAUUGGUGCUGUUUAAUCUCAUGCCAGAGUCUAGCCAAAGAGGCUAGGUUGGUUACAUUAUAAUGUAAUCAUUCUUAUUUUGAUAUAUCUAUAUGUGUAUAUCGUUUCAGAAACGCUAAAACUUGCUUGUUGCAUCUCCAGGAAGGCUUCAGGCACUUUUCCUCUCUUACUGGGAUAAGCCAAAGCUUCUAAGCUCCUGUACGUUUUUGUGCAAAGCUGCACUUCAAACUGAACCUCACUUUAACUAGUCCCUCCAGACCUCACCGAGGGUGUGUAAUUCUUUUAGUUAUACUGUCAUAUUUCCAUACCCAAGGCUGCAGGAGUCAAAUCUAAUUGUUCAUGAAAUGGACAACCAAUACUUUAUUGUCAAAGGAAGCCACCAUUGUUGCCUCCUAAUGCCAAAGCUAUGCCAGAUAGAGCUGAUCUACAGAUGCCCAGAGCAGAGAGUAGGAUUAUUUACUCCGUUCAACACUAGCCACCUCAAGCUUACCUCAGAAUGAUUGUUUUUAGGAGUGAUUUCCUGGCUGACAGCAGCCGGCCGGUGAGUGGGACUGUUUCUCUUCUGAACGGUGUUGUUGUGUGUCAUGUAGCAUUUACAGCAUUGAGCUUCGUCCUGUGUUCUCAGUGUCCAGUCACCUCCUCGGACAGUUCUGCUGUCCAGCUUUGGACAGGAAUCCCCCAAAGCUGCAGCGGUUUCUUAUUACUGCGCUCCUCUGCAUAAGCUUUUAUCUACCGAGGGAAGACGAUAAUAAAAGUGUACGCAAUCUU